AUGGAAGAUCUUUACGUAGCAAACACCAUCUUCGCCCUCAAUUUCUUCAAGCAUCUGCUGAAGACAAGCCCCACCCAGAAUCUCUUCUUCUCCCCAUGGAGCAUUUCAUCCACCAUGGCCAUGGUCUACCUGGGUUCCAAGGGAAACACUGAGGAGCAGAUGGCACAGGUGCUUCAGUUUAACAAAGUGGCUGGCUAUGAUGUCACCCCCAGAACGCCAGAAAACUUCACUGGUUGUGACUUCAUGCAACAGAUACAGAAGGGAACUUAUCCGGAUGCUAUUUUACAGGCACAAGCAAGAGACAAAGUGCAUUCCUCCUUCCAAGCGCUCAGCUCCGCCAUCAACACAUGCAGCGGCGAUUAUGUUUUGGAAAGUGCUAAUAAGCUGUUUGGAGAAAAGUCUUCGAGAUUCAAAGAAGAAUACGUGGAACUCUGUAAGAAAUAUUACUCCACUGAACCCCAGGUGGUAGACUUCCAAGAAUGUGCAGAAGAAGCAAGACAGAAGAUUAAUUCCUGGGUCAAGAAUCAAACCAAAGGCAAAAUCCCAGACCUGCUACCUAAGGGUUCUGUAGAUGAAGAGACCAAGAUGGUUCUGGUGAAUGCUAUCUACUUCAAAGGAAAGUGGAAAACACCAUUUGAGAAGAAACUACCUGGGCUUUAUCCUUUUCGUGUGAGCUCGACUCAGAGUGUGCCUGUGCAGAUGAUGCACCUGCGGGAGAAGCUCAACAUUGGAUACAUAGAGGACCUCAAGACUCAGGUUCUGGAACUCCCCUACACUGGAGAUGUCAGCAUGUUCCUGUUGCUUCCAGACGAAAUUGCGGAUGCGUCCACUGGUCUAGAGUUGCUGGAAAAUGAGAUAAAUUAUGACAAACUCAGCAAGUGGAUCAACCGAGACACAAUGGCUGAAGGUGAUGUGGAAGUCUACCUACCUCAGUUCAAAUUAGAAGAGCGUUAUGAACUCAAAUCCAUUUUGAGAAGCAUGGGCAUGGAGGAUGCCUUCAGCAAAGGCCAGGCCAAUUUCUCAGGGAUGUCGGAGGAGAACACUCUCUUUCUUUCAGACGUGUUCCAUCAAGCCUCUGUGGAUGUGAAUGAGGAGGGCACUGUAGCAGCGGGAGGCACUGGGGCUAUUAUGACUGGGAGAACUGGGCAUGGAGGCCCACAGUUUGUGGCAGACCAUCCCUUUCUCUUCCUUAUCUGUGAAACCACAACGAAGAGCAUUCUAUUUUGGGGCAAAUUCUCCUCACCCUAA